AUGCCCGUAAUUAGCGCAAAAAGAUCAAAAAAUAUUACUGGUAAUGCUCCAGCUAAGAAGUUGAAAAAAAGAUACAUUUGUAAAGGUUUCAAAGGUUGCUCUAUGGAAUUCACAAGAUCAGAAAAUUUAGUGAGACAUAGAAGAAAGCAUACCGGUGAAAAGCCUUUCCAAUGUCAUGUUUGUUUAAAAUUUUUUUCAAGAAUAGAUAAUUUAAAGCAACAUAUUGAAUCUGUUCAUGGAAUCCAUCCCGCUAUUGUUAAAAGAACAAAAAUCAGUGCUGUUAAUAGCUCUAAUGCACAAACUAUGGUUAAUCCAAAUGGUACUAUAAUAUCACACACACCAUUACAUCAUUCUCAUAUGAUGUUACCACCAUCACCAACCCUACCGGCUAAUUUAACAUAUCAUGAUAUACAAUCAAGAACGUUGCCAAUGCCAAUGCCAGUACCAGUGCCUGCACAAGUACCUGUAGCAGUUCAACCAGUAUAUCAACCAACCCCUUCCACAAUCCAAUUUAAUAAACCAGUUUAUAGCUAUCAAGGGGUCUCACCUGUACCAACACCCGCUUAUUACCAUAAUAUGUCUCAAUUACCAAGACCAUAUAUGGAACAAGGUCUAACUAUGCUACCUACACCAAGUGCAAGUGUAGCUCCAGUACCAUUGCCACAAGCACAACAAGCUCAAUACAUGCAGAUGCACCAACCUAUAUCGAAUAAUAAUACCAUGUCAAGAUAUCUUCAAGAGAGUAAUAUGAAUCCAAAUAAUAUGUAUAGUAUCCCAUCUAUGAAACAACAAUUUGGUGAGUUAAGAACCCUACAAGGUCCACCAACACCUCCAUUUACACCUGGUCAAGAUUCUAGAUUGAGCGUUCAAUACAUGCUAACAUGA